CUGCUGCUGCUGUAGCUGCCGUUGCCGCUGCCGCCGCCGCUGCUGGUGUUGGUGCCGGCCCGGCUGAUUCUCCGGCGUCUCCCAUCAUAGGUGGAAAUCCUCCCAUGGCGGCGCAGCAGGACCCACGUCAGUUCGGAGAUGUCGUCGGUAACGGGCCCGGCGGCGGCGGCGGCAUGGCCCCACAGCCACGGCCCAUGGCGGCAGACGGACAGCAAGGUUUCGCCGCACCGCCCGGCCCAGUGGCGUACCACGACCCGGCCUACCCCAACGGCAACCAGGACCACAUCCGCAACCAGCACAACGAUAUGAUGUACGGCGACAACAACGCGGCCGCCGUGGCGAAUCAGACAGGCGGGGGCUUCUCCGACUGGAUGAGCGGUUAUAACGCGAGUAAUAACCAAGCUGGUCCAAGCCGAAACGCUCAACCGCCUCUGUUCGAGGGCCAGGCUCAAAACCAGGGCGAUAUCCAGUACAUGAUGGGCAACGGGUACGAUAUAAACCCCGAGAACCUAGUCCAAAUGGCAGAGGCACAGCCGGUCCUCAUUCACCCGCAGCUAGAAGUCGACCCGGAACGCGAACAAUCUGAACUCACCCGCGGCAUCUGCGACUUCAUGGCCCAACUAGCCCGAGACAGCCGCUUCGUACCCAUCGAGCUCCGCAACUUCAACCCCCCCGAAGUAGCCGAAACCCCUCCCGCCGCCCGCAUCGGUCCCCCCGCCGUCGCCAUCCUCGAGCUCACAGACCAAGACGCGGCCGAAACGCCCCGCGAGCCGCCGGGACCGCCAACAUGGAACCCGGCCCCCUACGACCCUCAACUCCGAGUCGCCCUCGCCCGAUGGAAACGCCCGGCCAACGACGUCUUCCACGACAUCCCCGACGCCUCCCUCCUAAACGGCGCCCAACCAGACAACCAGCCCUGCGAGGAAAUCAAGCCCGCAGCACCAGGAAACGUCUGCAACACCCUCGUCCCCGACGGCGCGCACUGCGAAAACCUGGAACACGCCGCCGCGCAGCCGAAACCGCACGUCGUCUGCGAAGGAUGCGACCUGACCUCCAAGAAACACCUCUUCGAGGGCCCGCAACCCCUCACACGUAUGGAAUUCCUCAAUAUGCGCAACUACGCCUGCGGCGGCUGCGCCCACACGCGCCAGGCCGACGUGCGGUUCGGCGGCAGGAUGCCCAACGGCCAGCUCGCGAACCCGCUGCACCCCGUGACGGGCUGCCUCUGCGCCAGGAAGCUGCUCGGCCGGCGGCUGUGCUCGCAUCACCGGUACCAGCUCGCGCAGCGGCUCAUGAUCCAGGUGUCCAUGGUGCUCGAGUGGGCGAUUACCAACUUUGGACCGGACAUGUGUCUGUUUUGUAAGCAGGGCGGCCAUCUCGCCAGGAGCGUCGCGGAGUCGAAUAACGGGAUCAUGGACGAUGUGUUGUACGUGUGCCUCAAUUGUGAGGGCAUCGUCGGCGUGAACGGCCCGAAGCAGCUCGUUCCGGGUGUCGAAGAGUGGAUUGGUGGGUGUCAUCCGUUUUCCCUCUACUCGGAGCCGUGGCUGCAGGCGCCUAUGCAGGAUAUAGAAUGGGACGCCUGAUUAGGCGAAUAUGGCCCCGGAUGUCUCAUGGAAGAAGCUAGGUAAAGUGAAAGAGGAGGAGUUCUGGUUGGCGGUAUCUUUCUCUGGUUCGGCUUUGGAUUCGGAUAGAAACGCAGUUGGGUUGAUACUACGGUAACGGUGGAGCACACAUGGUGCGUUGCAGGUGUUUCGUUUGAUUUGAAGAAAAAGAAAACGUUUGGAUUCUGACGUUUUCGCUCCGGGCCGUGAAAUCAUAGCCGAGUGAAGGUAGAGGCACACCGUUGAGACUUGAGGGAUGGUUGCGAGGUUUCUGCGCGACUCGCAUCUGCAUGUCUAAGGUGAGGUAAAGUGAUGGGAGCCAUGGCCCUUGGGGCAACAGGGCGGUUCAGAGCCUCAGGCUAUGUAUUCCGUGGUGGGCUGCAGUCUUUGGGG